UUCUCAUAGUUUUAAAAUGUCCCUUAAGUAUGCUGUGGCUCAGCUUCCUUGUCUUGCAAUAAGGUGUCUUUUCUUGUAUCUAAAAUGGCUCAAGAACGUUACUGCUAUUGAACAUUACUGCUAUCGCUCUGUUUUACUUCGUCUUUCUACGACUAAAUCUCUGUCUGCUCUUCUUAACCCAUUCAUUCCUUUCUUUUCUGCUCAUCAAGAUGUUACUUUCUAAGGAGCCAGUGGAGAGCUCAGAACAAAAGCAAGAAGGAAGAGCUUACUAAUGCUUCCCUAGAAAUAGCCCUUAGCAGAGUUGUGGUCCUGUCUGUUCUAGUUACAAUGUCCAGAAAGUGGAGCAGGAUUACUUCAUCCAAGACAAGCAUUGCUUCCUCAACCUAAACCUAUUUCACUGCUUAUCCCAGAAGAAAGCAUUCAUUUUUAAAGGGAAAAGGAAUGAAAAUGUUGACUUACCUGUCUGAAGAAGCGUAUACGAAGCUGGAAGUCAGUCAAGAAAGACACCUGGUGUGAACACAGAGCUUCCUUUGGAGUGGAGACAAAAAGGAACCAGAGUGAAAUCAAAGGGGAUGACAGAGCCAGGAGAACUUGAGCGUAGAGCAACCCCCUGUUUGAAUGGUGGGGCUGAUGUAGCUUGGCCACCAUGAGAACCAUGAAGGUGUAUAAUGGACAGAUUAGUACUACAGAAUGCCCCAACUCCUGGGCAACAGCAGUUCCCAUGAAGAGGCUGCGGUGUCCUAUGCAGCAGGAUCCAUCGUCUCCAUUGUUGUCUUCAUCAUAGUUUUCAUGAUAGGUGUCCCAGGCAAUGGGUUGGUGAUCUGGGUUGCUGGUCUGAAAAUGAAAAGGUCUGUGAACAUUAUCUGGAUCCUAAACCUUGCUGUGGCCGACUUCAUGUGCUGCUUGUCCUUGCCUUUUUCCGUCGUUCACCUGGCCCUCCAUGAACACUGGCCACAUGGUUGGUUCCUCUGCAAGGUCAUUCCGUCGGUCAUCAUCUUCACCAUGUUUGCUAGCGUCUUCAUCCUCGUGGCCAUCAGCAUCGACCGCUGCCUCCUGGUGAUGAAACCUGUCUGGUGCCAAAACCAUCGAACGGUCAAAUUUGUCUCGCUGCUCUGCAGCUGCAUUUGGAUCCUGGCCUUCAUCUUCUGCUGCCCCGUCCUUCGCUACCGUGAGACGAACACUCAAGAUGGCAAAACCGUGUGCGGGUACAAUUUUGGAGACGAGGGAGUGCAAGAUUAUCUGAAUGAUUCCGUAAACGAGUUAUUAGCCUACGAUGGUAACGACUCAGGGGUAAUUUUUUACGAAAGUGAUUAUUCUGUCCCCUUUGCCGUAACGGUAAUAAAUAGCACCAGGGCUGCCCUUGGCUUUGUGCUCCCCUUCGGCAUCAUGGCGUUUUGCUACGCCCUGAUCGCUCUCCGAAUGCGCGCCGAUCGCUUUCACAAGCCACGCAACAGGAUGCUGCAAACAAUCACGCUGGUGGUGGCCGCCUUCUUCAUCUGCUGGGCUCCCUACCACGUGGUCGGGCUUCUGCUCCUCGUGCCGAGGCUGAGGGAGUCCUUGAGCUUCUGGGAUCACCUCUCUAUAGCCUUUGCGUACGCCAACAGCUGCAUCAACCCUGUGCUUUACGUUUUUGUGGGACGGGACUUCAGGGCAAAGGCCCGGCAGUCACUGCAAGGCAUCUUGGAAGGUGCCUUCACUGAGGAACCGACGCGUUCCAGCCCUUGCUCCCCCGACAGAAGCAAGACUUCAACAGAGAAGGAUGUCAGCAGCACAGUGUAACGCGCGACUUCACGUCACCCCUGUAGAAAGAGUGAGCUAUGGCCCCCCCCCCAAUCAAUCACUCUCCACGUUGCAGCUUUUUUUUUUUUUCCUCCCAACACAUUUGAUGACCCUGCAGAUCUCACACCGAGAUGGCUCAAGUCAAAACAGCUCGACCCCCUUUAUGUCCUGCUCUAGAGAGAUGGGGAGUUGGGGAGAGUUAUAACCUGAGGGAAGACUCGAGUGAAGUAGGAGACACGGAGUACGUUAACCUUUAGAGAAGAAAGCAGGCUCGCAGAAGAAUUUGUGGUGAGAUCAAGCAAUUUAACCUCUGAAUUUCUAGAUGAUAAUGUUAUUGGAGUUAUUUGCAUACGUCUUAUGUUCUGUAUCUCCUGUCUCUGA